UGUUCAGUUUCGACAGCACUACACGGUCACUACCACGAUCCGCACACUCGUUCAUUCACUCAGACAUACAUUCGUUACACGUAUACAUCAAUCUCUCCAACAUGCGGUCAUUCAUUCCUCUCGCCGCUGCUGCCCUGCUCUCCACGGCCUCUGCUGCUCCUGGCUGGGUCGACUGGAUGAACCCGGGCAAAUGCUUGAACGCUCGUUCUGCCCAAGACCUCGUCACUGGUUUCGGUAGCCUCCUCUCCAACUACAGCACCGCUACCGCAGAGAAGCUUUUGGCGGACGACCUCGUUGAUUGGUCUGACAGCAUCAACGAGCUGGCUGGUCAACCCCUGGGUCAACCCACCUUCCCCAACAAGGCUGCUUUCGAAGCCGGUCAAGGCGCUCAGCCAGCGAUCCCAUUCAACCUGAUGGCCAUUGACGCUGUCACUUGUGACACCAUUGCCCUCCGAUGGAACACCACCAUCCCGCCAAACACUGUCAAGGGCAUUACCAUCCUCAAGGCCGAAAACUCCCAGGGUCAAGCAGACACCUGGCAGAUCAAGACGAUCUACACAGAAUUCAACAGCAUCGCCUGGUUGGAGGACAUCGGCGGUAACUGCACCGCCCCUCCCCAGCAUUAAAGGAGCUGGUACUUGACGGGUCAUAGCGUGGCGUUAUGAAAUGAGUUUUUAACAUGGUCAUCCUAAUGUCGGAUGUAAUGAGACGGGAGCAUUUUUUUUAUCUGGAGGGUCUAUCCUGCAUGACCUUGAUAACAACAUGAGCUCGCAGCAUAUAUAUUUUACUGUCUUUGUCUCAAAAAUGACCUGGCUUGCAUUUGAACUUCUACUCUAUUGUAGAUUCGCAGAGGCGAGCACAUCAAAUUCCACAGCGGCGGCUCGAAGUCACAUUCAUGUACGGAGUAAGACCCUCUGGUGAGAAGGGUUUGGAGAACGAGGUUAGUUCCCGCGCUUGCACAUAAGCGAGACGCCCACAAACAAGCCGGACUCUACAAAAGACCUUGCUAGCAGGCCCCUCUGCAAGGGACUACAACCCGAAUUUGAACACUCUUCCGGGCGAAGUCGCAGUUGGUGGCGUCCUUGUUUCCUUGUUUCGGUGCUGUUGGCGCGUCCACUUCCACAACUUUUUUCAUUUUUUCAACGCCCGUGGGGUAAGAUGAUGGUCUGGCCGAAUUAUUGCGUGCGUAUUGGGCACAGAAGAAAUAAGAACGAGAAAAAAUUACUCGUAGACUACGGAGUUCAAAAUCCUUGUUCUGAAUAAUGGCUUAGACAAAGUGAUGGACACGGCAUGCGAGA